UCAGUUUCUUAACGGCGAGCAAACAUGGUGGAAACGCGUGCGGACCUCCGAGACUCGCUCCAGUGUCACUGCUAACGUUAGUUUAACGUCAGGCGUGUUUUUAACUCGCUUAUUAGUCGAGGUCUGGAUAUCGGCACACUUCAUAAAGCUGCAGUAUGGAUGAAGGGAAUAAAUUACAGUUUCCGUCCCUUCCUGUGUGCAAGGAGGACCAACUGGACUGGUCAUAUCCCAUGCGAAGAGAGAUGCAGGAAAUCCUCCCUGGACUGUUCUUAGGGCCCUACUCUGCCGCAAUGAAGAGCAAGCUGUCUAUACUGGAGAAGCAGGGGAUAACUCACAUUGUGUGUGUUCGACAAGACAUCGAGGCCAACUUCAUCAAACCUAACUUCCCCCUCAAAUUUAGAUACCUUGUUUUAGAUAUUGCGGAUAACCCUGUGGAGAACAUCAUUAAAUAUUUCCAGAUGACUAAAGAAUUUAUAGAUGGAUGUUUAGAGACUGGAGGAAAGGUUCUUGUUCAUGGGAAUGCAGGAAUUUCCAGAAGCGCUGCCUUAGUUAUUGCUUACCUUAUGGAAACAUUUGGCGUGAAGUACAGGGACGCUUUCAGCCACGUCCAGGAGCGGAGAUUCUGCAUCAACCCUAAUGUAGGCUUUGUGCAUCAACUACAGGAAUAUGAAGCAAUCUAUCUUGCCAGACUAACCAUCAAGAUGAUGUCACCCAUUCAGCUGGGUCGAUCUUUCUCCAUUCAAGCAGGAACAACAGGGAGCCGGAAACGAACACUAGAAGAUGACGAUGAUUUUGGGAAUAUGCAGGUUCAGGCAGCACAGAAUGGAUAGAUUGUACUUCAGUGCUUGGAUGUUUUUUGUUUUACAUUUUUAUGGAAUUUAAAAUUGUAAAUAUCGUGGGGGUUUUUUUGGUUGUUUUUUUUUUUUUAAUAAAAGAAAAAAAAACGGUGGGGAGGGAGAGGCUGCUCCUGGAACCUGGGGACAUUUUUGAGCCGUAUGCACUGAUGUUUUUUGCAGUUUUAUAAUAUUUAACACAUUUUUGCAUUUGCAGUGGGACAGUAUUGCAAUAAUGCUCUUUUGAUACUUGAACUACUCUUAUUUUCGCUAGAUGAUCGCAUUUGCUUAAGGGAAAGUGAAAGGAAUAAAGAACAGUGCUUCAGUGGGGAAAGACUUCGGCUGGAAAAAGAUCAAUGCUUACGAGAGAAUUAACAACCUACUUAAUAAAAAGAUGACUGAAUUGUUGAA